AUGCCUCCCAAACCCGCCAAUCCUACACCCAAAGACAUUGAAGAUACUCUUCAUGCCACAAAUCAACGUAUUGAAAACCUAAUUUCUACCCAUGAGAAUCUUGAAUCUUCCAUGGAAGCUAAUAACCAAGCUGUAUCUUUACAGCUAGGGCAGAUCCACACAAACCACACAAACUUGGAGUCCACCAUGAACAACAACUUUGCUGCCCUUACAGCUCUUAUGAACCAGCAAUUUGCAGCAAUGACAGCAGCUGCUGCUAUACCUAGAUCUAACCCUACACCUAUCCCCACCUCCACCACCAGAUCUACCCCUACAUCUACCCCCAUCCCUACAACCAGAUCUACCCCUACAUCUCCUCCUUUUUCUACCACCAGAACUACCUUGGGGAACCCUAACAUGAAUUUCACGUCCUCAUCUCCCCAAAUCAACUCCACCCUUAUCUCAACCCAACUUUAUACCCCACCACCACCCCCUUCGUCCACCUUUACUCGCCCUAUUUCAUCAAUCCACACAUCCAAUUCUGCAUUCUGCCCUUAUUCCACAUCUUUUACAAAUCCUUAUUCCACCUCAUUUACAAAUCCUUUUCCCCCAAAUUACACACAGCCCCCUCAAUUUUUAACACACCCCCCAAACCCACCUUAUACUUCUUUUUCCCAAAUCCCAGCCGUCACCCAACCACCCUCAUACGCUUCUUACCCUUAUACCCCUCAAGCCACCCAAAUUCCAUUUUCCCCCUCACCUAAUUCUGGUUUUCGACACCCAAAAAUUGAGUUAAAUUACUUUGACGGAACGGAUGCUUUAGAAUGGCUUUUUCAAGCGGAGCAAUUCUUUGCUUUUUAUAGUAUUCCAUUUGAGAAUCGCUUACCUAUGGCAGCCUUUUAUAUGAAAGGUGAGGCGCUUGGUUGGUAUAAAUGGAUGUUUCAAAGCAAUGAACUUACUACUUGGGAAGCUUUUUCAAGGGCUUUGGAACUACGUUUCGGUCCCUCAACGUACGAAAACCAUCAAGCUCAAUUGUUCAAACUUAGACAGCAUGGGUCUGUUACGGAAUACCAAGCCAGCUUUGAAAAAUUGGGAAACCGUGUCAUUGGAUUACCCCCGGAUGCAAUUCUUAAUUGUUUUAUCUCCGGUUUAAUUCCUGAAAUCCGUAGUGAAUUAGCUGUUCAGCGCCCUCAAUCCAUCACUCAUGCAAUAGGCCUCGCUAAACUCAUUGAAGCAAAGCUAAAGGACUCUAAACCCAAGUUCAAAGGCCCAUAUGGCAGUACCCCUUUCCAACCUAACAAUCCUAAACAAACCCCACUUUCACCAACUAUGGCUGCUGUCUCCAAACCAGCUAACUCUCAACCCACCUCCCUUCCACGUUUUCCAAUUCGACGGAUUACACCAACACAACAGGCCGAAAGAAGGGCCCAGGGAUUAUGUUUUAACUGCGAUGAAAAGUUUAUUCCGGGUCAUAAGUGUUCAAAUGGAAAAUUCUUAUUACUUAUGGUUGAUGAUGAAAUUUCAACAGCUGCCAAUGAUGACAUCAGCGAAGAUAUUCCUUCAGAGGCUGUUUUGAACACAGACAUCGAUGAAACUUAUUUUCAGCUCUCACCACAAGCUGCAAGUGGGCAAUUCUCUCCAAAGACGUUGAAGUUUAAGGGACUGAUUGAUGGGCUGGUUGUCUCUGUUCUCAUAGAUACGGGCAGUACUCAUAACAUCCUCCAACCUCGAAUCGCAACACACCUCAAAAUACCUAAUACUCACAUCCCUAAUUUUUCUGUCAUGGUGGGAAAUGGCUCUAAGCUACAAUGUUCAGGUCUAUGUUCUAAAGUCCCUAUCACACUUCAGGACCAAUUGUUCAUUAUUCCUUUUUACUUAAUCCCAAUUGAAGGAGCUGAUGUAGUAUUGGGAAUGGAAUGGUUGCGUACCCUUGGCCCCAUUGUCGCUGAUUUUUCUAUUCCAGAAAUUUCUUUCACCUAUGAGUCUAAACAGAUUACUAUUCAAGGUGAUGCUACCCAGACCCCCUCCCCUUCUACUUUCACCCAACUUUGCCAUCUCUUACAUACUGACUCAGUUGCAUCCAUGCACCUUUUAAUUUACCAACCAUGCAUUGAACCAAUCCAAAACGAUCCACCUAACUCCCAUGAAAACCCACCUAUCACUCCACCACCAGAAAUAGCUGCCCUUAUCAAAUCGUAUCCUACGGUUUUCCAAGCUCCACAUGGUUUACCUCCUAGUCGUCCACAUGAUCACCACAUCCCUUUAAACCCCAAUACACCUCCCAUCAAUGUUCGACCUUAUCGCUAUCCUCAUUCACAAAAAGAAGCAAUGACUACCCUAAUUCAUGAGAUGUUAUGUGACGGCAUAAUAAAACCAAGUACUAGCCCUUUUUCCUCCCCAGUUCUCCUAGUCCGCAAGAAAGACGGUUCAUGGCGUUUUUGUGUUGACUAUCGUGCAUUGAAUGCAGUAACUAUACGAGACCGAUUUCCCAUUCCCACCAUUGAUGAGCUUUUUGAUGAGUUGGGUUCUGCUACUUUAUUUACAAAGAUUGACCUACGGUCAGGCUACCAUCAAAUUAGGGUUGUACCCGAAGACACUCACAAGACGGCAUUUAGAACCUUUGACGGGCACUAUGAGUUUUUGGUGAUGCCCUUUGGCCUAACUAAUGCUCCUAGUACCUUUCAAUCGGCGAUGAAUGAUCUCUUGAGACCUUACUUGAGACGGUUUGUUUUAGUUUUCUUCGAUGACAUUUUAAUUUACAGUAAUUCUUAUUCUGAUCAUUUACUUCAUUUGACUUUGAUUUUAGACCUACUUGCUUCAAAUAAGUUUGUUGCAAAACUUUCUAAGUGUGUUUUUGCAGUUCCUAAAGUUGAUUAUCUAGGUCAUGUCAUUUCGUUAAGUGGCGUUACCCCUGAUCCAGACAAAAUUCAAGCAAUUGUUGAUUGGCCGCAGCCACUAUCACUCACGCAACUCAGGGGAUUUUUGGGCCUCACCGGUUUUUACAGACGUUUUGUCCGUCACUACGCCACACUCGCCGCUCCCCUCACCGAUUUAUUACGUUCCACUACUAAGUUUACAUGGAAUACAAAUGCAGAGACUGCGUUUACAAAUUUAAAGAAAAUCAUGACUGCCACUCCUGUUCUUUCUCUUCCUGAUUUCAGCAAGAUCUUUGUUGUUGAAACUGAUGCCUCUGCUGUAGCCAUUGGAGCUGUUCUUUCACAGGACGGCCACCCUUUAGCAUUCUUCAGCAAGAAACUAUGCCACAGACUGCAAGCUGCUUCGGUCUAUGCUCGAGAGAUGUAUGCAAUAACUGAAGCGGUAAAAAAAUGGCGUCAGUACCUCAUUGGAAGACACUUCCAUAUUUUCACAGAUCAAAAAAGUCUUAAAAAUCUUUUGGUUCAAACAAUUCAAACACCAGAACAGCAAAAGUGGGCGGCGAAAAUGCAAGGGUUUAGUUUCGAAAUUUUUUACAAACCUGGAAAAACGAACAGCGUGGCUGACGCCUUGAGCAGAAAACCAGAAGAGACUUCCCUUAUGUUUGCAAUCUCCUCCACAAUUCCUACAUUCCUUUCCCAUCUUCAGCAGUACUACGCAGAAAACAAAACAGGGCAAGAUUUUGUUACUAAGUGUCUAAAUAACCAGAAGAUGCAAACACAUUUUGAGUUCAAACAAGGGCUAUUGUACUUUAAAAAUCGUAUUUUUCUACCUGAUGAUUUGGAGUUUAGAGCCUCGAUGCUUAAGGAAUGUCACAGCACACCGUCUGCAGGUCAUUCAGGGUUGAAACCGACUUUGGCUCGUAUCUCGGCCACCUUCAGCUGGCCUGGCAUAGCUAGAGACGUCAAGCACUAUGUUCGGUGCUGUUCUUCUUGCCAACACAACAAGUACCUCACAACAAAGAAACAAGGGAUGUUACAACCACUGGAAAUUCCUAAACAAGUUUGGGAAGAUUUGUCCAUGGAUUUUAUUACUCACCUUCCGAAGUCUUUUGGGCAUACGGUCAUUUGGGUUGUCUGCGACAGGUUAUCCAAGUUUGCCCAUUUCAUUGCGUUACCACCAAAGUUCUCCGCCGUAGAUCUGGCGCGGCGAUUCUCAGUUGAGAUCUGUAGACUUCACGGUAUCCCGAAAACAAUCGUGUCUGACAGAGAUCCAAUCUUCUUGAGCACUUUCUGGAAGGAACUUUUCCGCGUACAAGGCACGACCCUGAAAUACAGUACCGCUUAUCAUCCCGAGACUGACGGUCAAACAGAGGUCUUAAACAGAUGUUUAGAAACAUACCUAAGGUGUUUCACAAGCGAUAGCCCGAGACAGUGGUUCAAAUAUCUUCAUCUAGCUGAGUUCUGGCAUAACUCCACCUUCCACUCUUCUAUUAAGAUGACGCCUUUCGAAGCUCUCUACGGUCGAUCUCCACCGGCAGUGAAAGAUUAUGUCAAAGGAUUUUCUUCCAUCCCUUUACUGGACUCAACACUACAACAAAGACAAACCGUACUCGAUGCAUUAAAGAUCAAUCUACAACGCAGUCAGAAGAACAUGAAAGAACAAGCAAAUAAACGGCGCAGAGAGAUUACCUUUGCGGUUGGAGAUCUGGUUUUGCUAAAGUUACAACCUUAUCGACAAACAUCUGUUCAGCGAAGAACUUCUCAGAAACUUUCAAAGCGAUACUUUGGCCCCUUCCCUGUUCUGCGUCGAAUCGGUCCGGUGGCCUAUGAGCUGCAACUACCACCGACUUCUAAGAUCCACCCAGUCUUUCAUGUUUCUCAGCUUAGAUACUUUCAUACUCAAGACCCAACGGUGGUACCGCUACCUCUACCGGAGAAUCUGAAGGAAAACGAGGAAGAGGAUGAAGACGGAAAUGUGUUUGAUUCAAGGGGAGAAGGUUUGCAAAACACCAUGGCAGACUCGGUUGUGGUAUUAGAUUCGUUGGGAGAGAAAGGAGAUAAAGAAGUAGUUACGCAUUCUGAAAAAAAAGACUUAUCUAAAGACUUUAAGUCUUUUUCCAAGACUUUAAAGUACAGCACUUGUGACUCUUUUCCCAAUCUCACGCGCCAGACACAAUUCCCACUCACGCAGCACAUGCAGCCUUCAGAUCUCCUUAUCCCAGCAUCUGCACCGUUGGAUCACAUUGGAUUCCAACCCUCCCUACCUGCUCACGUGAAUGGUGGCCCACCAGUCCAUCAAACCGCGUUUUCAAUUCCACCAAAACCAUGUGCUUCCAGCUGUUCCCAACCUAUCCCAUUAAAUGACACACUGCCCAAAGUUUUCUCCCAACCACCCGUGAACUUACCCGCGGGUCUGCCAAUGGGACCGUUGGAUUUGCAACGUUCGGAAUUGCUACAGCCUCCCACUGCCACGCGUCCUCUUCAUUCAAACUCCACAAUACAGCUGGAAACCUCUCACCAUGUUGCUGCUAACCCUAUUCCACCGCUGAUUCAUGGGCCUUCUAGUGGGCCGGUUCUUCCAAGAAGUUGGUCUAACCUUGAGGACAAGGUUCUCAUUGGGAUGGAUAGUAGUGAUAGGCCCAACAGAAUUGUGAGGAAGCCCACAUGGCUUCAAGACUAUGUUAUGAAUUAA